CGAGCCGGAGACAUUGAUCAGACCUGGUCAUUGUGGGCUUUUUUAAAAAAAAAUUGUUUAUUUCCUGGACUUCAGCUGCAUGUGGGACCGGACUCAGGCAGACUGAUGAUCCAGACUCUGAGGAAGAAGAGGAGAGUAACGUACUGUAAAAUGUUUGUGUUUUAGAUCGGAGGUGCUGCUGGGAUUCAUCCAGGACAGAGGUGCUUUUGUGUUCCACUGAUGUGCGUUGUUGUUGGCAUCAUCGCAGCCCCUCGAGAGGGAUUCGUGGAAAGAAUCUGCUGAGGGGAAGGAGCUGAGACAGAGAACAUCAGAGGAGCUUCAUGAGGACAGAGUGGACUGAAGGAGUGAUGGCAGCUUCAUCUGCAGCUCAGUAAACGUUUUUCUGCUGGUGUUUGAGGUGAGCGGGAACGUUGUCACCUCUGGUUCCUGUUGAUCUGGUGGGUGUUUCUGGAGGAGUCUGGUUCCUUGUGAUCUUCAGGUGGAUGUUUCUAGAGGGGUCUGGUUCCUGGUGAUCUUCUGGUGGGUGUUUCUAGAGGAGUCUGGUUCCUGGUGAUCUUCUGGUGGAUGUUUCUGGAGGAGUCUGUGGUGCUGAGGAGGAGGCUGCCCAGCUGCAGCAAUGGUCCUUGAGGUGAGGUUUCCUCCCUUCUCAUCUGUGACCUCUUCGCCGUCCGCCUCAUCAUGCCGGAAGACCCCAUCGCCUCCGUCUUCUACAUCAUCCUGGAGCUGCUGAUCGCUUUGUUCUCCGUCCUGGGGAAUGUGCUGGUGUGCUGGGCCGUCUGCCUCAACAGUAACCUGCAGAGCAUCACUAACUUCUUCGUGGUGUCCCUGGCUGUGGCGGACAUCGCCGUGGGUGUCCUGGCCAUCCCUUUUGCCAUCGUCAUCAGCACCGGAUUCUGCUCCAACUUCUAUGGAUGUUUGUUCAUCGCCUGCUUCGUGCUGGUUCUCACCCAGAGCUCCAUCUUCAGCUUGUUGGCCAUCGCAAUAGAUCGAUACAUCGCAAUCAAACUACCGCUCAGGUACAACAGCUUGGUGACAGGCCAACGGGCUCGAGGCAUCAUCGCCAUCUGCUGGGUUCUGUCCAUCAUCAUCGGCCUGACCCCCAUGAUGGGCUGGCACAAGGAGCCGGAGAUGGACAACGGAACCUGCCCCCCCGGCCUGAUGAAGUGUCUGUUCGAAGGGGUGGUGGACAUGGAGUACAUGGUCUACUUCAACUUUUUUGCCUGUGUGCUGAUCCCCCUGCUGCUCAUGCUGGCCAUCUACCUGUGCAUCUUCAUGGCAGCUCGACACCAGCUCAAGCUGAUGGAGGUGAAGGCCGUCCACGGGGAGAAAUCUCGCUCCACGCUGCAGAAGGAGGUCCAGGCCGCCAAGUCUCUGGCCAUCAUCGUGGGGCUGUUCGCCGUGUGCUGGCUGCCUUUACACAUCAUCAACUGCUUCACGCUCUUCUGCCCUAAAUGUGAGCGUUGUCCUCUGUGGGUCAUAAACGUGGCCAUCAUCCUGUCCCAUGCCAACUCUGUGGUCAACCCCUUCAUCUACGCCUACCGCAUCAGGGAGUUCAGACAGACCUUUCAUAAGAUUAUCCACAGACACAUUCUGGGGAAACAGGAUCUGAUGGAAAGCAGAGGCAGCACACGCACGUCCACUCACAACAGCAUCAGCGACUCCAUCAGACUCAAAGCCAACGGCCUCAGCUUUGACGUUUUCUCUGAACACAGCAGCAGCAGCAGUUGUGAGAGCUCCUGCCGCUGUCCUGCUCAGGCGUCUCCAGUAGGGGGCGGACUCAUGACAGUAUCCCACCCACCUCUGUCCAUCGUCAUCGCCCACUGCCCUAAGAUCGGCCCACUGCAGGGCCUCAGACAGACUCAGAUCGCUGUGGGUCAGCAUCUACAGUACACGGACUGUGUGGGAGCAGAAGCAGUGGAGGAAAAGGACAAACACAGCCUCCAGUCUACCCAUAAUGCAUUGCUGCUCAACAAGCAAAACAGAAAGAGCUGCUGCAGGGAGUUAGUAAAGGUGUUGUGAUGUUUGCACGGGAAGCAUCAGAUUCAGGAGCUCAAAACGGGAUUAACCCUGAUCUGCAAAAGAAGAUGGAGUGCUGGACACAAAUGAUGAUGUGAUAAGUUCAGGAAACUACUGUCCAUACCAGACUGUCUUCUAUUUCACAGCCACACUGAGGGGAAAAAUCUGAGUAUUUUGAGAAAAGAAUAUUAUGAGAAUGAGGUCAUAAUAUUUAGAGAAAAACACAACUGUAUUACAAGAAUAAAGCUGUCAUUUUAUCCAUACAAUUUCAUAAUAGAAAUUAUAUAGCAUCAAAUAGUGGAACAAACAGUGAAUUCGCUUCAGGUAAUAGUAAUACUUAAGAUUUUCUCAUAAAAAACAUGACUUAAAAUGUUGCAACUUUUUUUUGCAGAAUAUUAUGAAUUUACUCUAAAAAUAGCAGAUUUUCAUCCUUUGUGUGGUUGUAACCGUUAUUCAUAUAUAUCCACUAUUACAAACUGUUAAAGGCAUAAAGUGGUUUCAGUCAAUUAUGCACUAACACUUAUAAUCACGAUGCAGGUUUUCAUUGUUAGUUUUCAUUCAUUUCACAUAAACAUGAAAAACCCUCACAUACUCAAGACUGUGCAAAAAUCUUUUAAUAUGCAAGCUUUGGGUCUAAGACCUUCUUCAGCGCACUAACAGGCCAUAAUGGAUGAAGCAGUGAAUACUUUAAGGCACAAGAUAGAAAGAUUCCUUAUAUUUAUAGCUGAACUUUGACCCUUGAACCUGUGUGAACCAACAAAACUCAGCCAUAAUGAGUGAAGGGAUAGGACAAAAGAUUAUUAAACUAUUGAUAGUCUUAUUUUUUCAGGGAGAUGGACAUAAACGCUGAUGGAUUUAUUCUUCUGCAGUAUUGUGUUGUUUUUACUUUGCACCUACUGUAGAUUCAGCUCCUGAAGACAUGAAACAUUCACAGACAGUGAAGUUACUGCUCAAGUGGAUGAUGGGUUUAGUAAACAUUUCAUCACUUUUCACCCUUUACCCUUCGCUGCACUGAAAUUCAGCCUCUUUGCAGGUAUUUAUGUUUAUUUCACUGAUAAGUUAAUGCACACCUGUGGAUACUGAACUGUACAAUACAAAUAUGGUACAUUUACCAAUGACUGGUUUUCAUUUUUGUCAACAGCAAUGCAAAGUUUGAUGUUUUCAAAGCCGAAGAUCCCAAAGUUGUUGAUGUAAUGCUGAUCUAACCUUAUAUUUAAGUUUGUUCAGUGUGAAAAUGUGACUGUACUUAUUUAAGUUUUCUUCAUAUAAAUAUUGCCUUCAGGGGUAGUUUGAGAAAUGAUGGAGUUAGAUGGUAUUUGUAGUUAAAGGUGAGAGAUUUUAGACUUUAAUUAAACUUUGGUUCCGAUUUGUCUUAUGAAUUUUUGUCUAUUGUUCUCAAAGCAGACUGGAACAAAGUCCUGUCUUUAAAUAAACUGUUUUAAUGUUUUCUA